AAUCCCUGCUGGGGCUUAACACGAAACGCUGUUCAACAGAUGUUGGUUAAAAAUGCAGAUGGCAUAUUCCUCUGGGUGGCUUUGGUCUGCCAAUAUCUUGAAAAUGUACCACGGGACCCUCUAACCAAGUUGCGGAAGUUUCCACCUGGACUCGGCCCUCUUUACGAGCGCAUGAUGAAAGAAAUACUCGAAUCACUGGAAUUGGAAGAUAUCAAUCUCUGCAAGCAGAUACUAGAAUUUAUGACAGUUGCACACCGACCUACCACGCUUAAGGAACUAGCAUAUUUUAUAGAGACCUCAGAAGCUCUUUCUGACAAUCUCGAUUCAUUGAAGACAGAUAUAGGCCUCUGUGGUUCGUUUCUGACGGUAAAAUACAAUACAGUCUAUUUUAUGCAUCAGUCAGCGAAGGGCUUUUUGGUUGAAAAGGCGUCCAGUGAAAUCUUUCCUUCCGGGAUGGAAGAGACCACCAAGCAGCAUGAGGACUUGCAAGAUGGUAGUAUGGUUGACAAGUUUUUGCGAAAACAUUAUCUUCACUGGCUUGAGGCUCUUGCGCUUCUCGGAGGCCUCUCAGAAGGAAUUCUUGCGAUGUCACAACUGGCAGAUUUAGCUCAGGCAUGGAAGAGCUGGAGUGCUUGCUUACAGACACUCGAGGGCCAUAGUAACUGGGUUUACUCAGUCACCUUCUCACAUGAUUCCAAGCUCCUUGCCUCUGCUUUACGGGAUAGGAUUAUCAAGGUCUGGGAUGCCAGCAAUGCACAGUGCCUGCAGACCCUUGAGGGCCAUGGUAGCAGUGUCAACUCAGUCAUCUUCUCGCAUGAUUCCAAGCUCCUUGCCUCUGCUUCACGGGAUAGGAUUGUCAAGGUCUGGGAUGCCAGCAAUGGGUAG